AUCCAGCAUGUAACGCCCGCACCAAAAGAAACACCCACCCACUACGUCCCCUCGCCCUCGGGCUCAAUCGAGCAACAAACAGCAACCGACGCACCCCUCGACAUCUCCCCCGAAGCCCUCUACCCACGCCAAAUGUCCUGCCGUCAAGCCUUCGACCAAGCAUUCUACUGCCAAUCCCUUGGCGGCAAGUUCAACGACAUCUACCGGUACGGUGAACUGCGCAGCUGCUCUGACAACUGGAAUGCCUUUUGGUUCUGCAUGCGCAUCAAGACGUUGCCUGACCGCGAAAAGGAAGACCGUAUUAAGGAGUUUUACCAGGCAAGAGACGAACAGAACAAGGCUGAGAAGGGCAGUUCAGAAAAGAUCUGGGAUUUGAGGACUGAGCCUGUCAAGAAGGCUUUCUGGAGAGAU